CUGUGUGCGCGCCAUCGGCUUACCCCAAUCGCUUUCCACCGGGAAACCACAUGACCCCACCCUACUGUAGUGUGGAGAGGAACUCCAGAUCAAGCUCCGUGGUGCACUAUAAAUCGCCAAUUGCCUUUUAACAAGUGAAUCUUAAUCAGGCAAUUGCAUUUACUGAACAUGGCACAGACCAAUGUCGUUGUUGUUGGUGCUGGUGUGAUCGGACUGACGACAGCCCUCGUUCUAUCCAAACACAAGGCUCUCAAUGUUACAGUUGUGAGCAAGCAUAUGCCUGGGGACUAUGACAUCGAGUAUGCAUCCCCAUGGGCGGGAGCAAAUUUCAUGCCGGUCGGCAAAGAGGGCAGCAAGCUGCGAGCAUUCGAGAGGACAAGUUGGCCUGAAAUCGAUCGCAUUUGUCGAGAAAUCCCGGAAGCUGGUAUUCAUUAUCAGGAAUGCAGGGUUUAUGGCAGGAAAAAAGACGAGGGUACCGCUGUUGGCGUUUGGUUUCAAGAGUUGAUGAAGGAGGAUCCGUGGUUCAAGGACCUCAUGCCAGAUCUACGAAUUCUCGAUAAAUCCGAACUUCCGCCAUCAUGUGAUACCGGGACAGUUUUCAGAUCCGUCUGCAUAAACACCGCCAUUUACCUGCCCUGGUUGCGCGGUAUUCUCAACCAUAUCUCUGAAGCGUCCUCGUACCAUAGUACCGGGAGAGCCUCUGUUAUUAUGAAUUGUACCGGCUUACUAGCCUCGAAACUCGAAGGCGUGAUGGAUACCACCGUGUAUCCCGGCCGCGGCCAAAUAGCUGUUGUAAGAAAUGAGCCAGGCGCCAUGUAUACAACCUCCGGUACAGACGAUGGCUCAGAUGAGGCCAUGUACAUUAUGCAGCGCGCCGCAGGCGGAGGAACGGUCAUCGGUGGCUGUCUGCAGCAUGGCAACUGGGAUAGUCAGGUUGAUCCAAAUCUUGCGCUUCGUAUACUUCAAAGGGCAGUCGAUAUUUGCCCCAGUCUUGCACCAAAGACAGGUAAAGCGACGGAAUUGAGCGUGAUAAGACAUGGUGUAGGCUUGCGACCAAUGAGAGAGGGCGGGAUUAGGGUGGAGAAGGAGAAGAUUGGGAGCGAAUGGGUUGUCCACAACUAUGGACACGCCGGGUAUGGAUAUCAGGCCAGUUUUGGCAGCGCUUGGGCAGCGGAACAACUACUAUUAGAGAUUCUGAAGAACGAGGUAACUAUGGUGUCUGUUAGAACGGCGCAGCUACGUUAG